ACCGCGGACAUAAAAUCUGCUUCCUUCCAUUCUGGAACUUACAUAAACAAUAUUUUUGAAGCGAACGUGAUUUCUUCUGUAUACGAAAGUGGGAUAAUUCGAGUUAUAUAUUCACAAUAAAGUAAACCAAUUAGUGACAGUUGUUUAAACUAAGCACGUUUUAAUGUCUGUAAUCAUGAGUUCGCCGACCUCAGUGCUACUAGAAACUAUUAACUUUGCAGCAGAGAAACAUCGAAACCAGCGCCGUAAAGACCCAGAUGCCACACCUUACAUCAAUCAUCCCAUAGGUGUUGCAAGGAUUUUAAGUAAUGAAGGAGGAAUCACAGAUAUCGAAGUUUUACAAGCAGCUUUGCUUCAUGAUACAGUAGAGGACACUGACACAACUAUUGAUGAGCUGGAAUCUGUCUUUGGACAAACAGUGGCGAGAAUCGUCCAGGAAGUGACAGAUGACAAGACCCUGUCAAAAGAGGAGAGAAAACGUCUACAAGUGGAGCAUGCGCCACAUCGAAGCCAUCAGGCCAAGCUGGUUAAACUAGCUGACAAGUUGUACAAUUUACGGGACCUUAAUCGUUGCACCCCCACAGGUUGGACACAACAGAGGGUUCAAGAAUAUUUUGUAUGGGCAUCUCAAGUAAUAAAGGGGCUUCGUGGCACCAAUGCUGAACUUGAGGAGAAACUGCAGAAGCUCUUUUUGGAGAGAGGAGUGGAAAUAUAAGCUGGUUGAAAUGAGGGUUCUCAUAUGGUGUACCUUAUCAUUAUAUAGAUUUUUUAUGAUGAGAAUUGUUUUACAUUAAAAAUAAAUAAAAACCGGGCAUGGUAUUGAAUUAUGAAAUAAAAUGUAUGUUUUGUGAAAGCUGAUAAAUGUUGUUGUGUAUGAUUUUUUUCUUAUAAUAAUUCCUAAACGGCUUUCCCUUAA